AUGUCAAUCCAGAGACGUCCAGCUGUCGGAAUGGAGACCAUGUGGUUUAAACCAAAUGUUAAUGUGAUUGGAGUUUGGCGUUGCAACAGCAAAAAUGACCGAGAUGCUGUUUUAGACAAAUUAUGUAAAUCAUUUGCUGGUUUGCAUACUCACUACGAUAAUGGAGACUUUGUGUUCCAAAAAAGAGAUGUUCCUGUAUUCAAAAUCCCAGAUGAAAUUAAAAACCUUGUUGAUAUAGCAAAAUACGUCGACUUGCAUUGUACAAGAAAGCCUACAACAGCAUUAGCAUCUAUUGCAGUUGCUGAGGAUGCCGUUGCUAUUGUUGGCAGCCACUCCGUUUUAGACGGAGGUUCAUUAUCUUACUUCAACAAGCUUCUUGCAGAGAACAGAGAUAUACCUGAGAUAGGAUUGAAUCCAAAUACAUUAGAACCUUUCAUGGAAAAGAUCAAAGCUGCUAAUUAUUACUUACCAUCAAGACCAUGCGAUGAAAGUGCUGUCCGCUAUGCUUCUAAGGAUGGCCCACGUCUCACAACAAAUCCUUACAUCAUUACUAUGUACGAAAACCUGAAGAAAAAUGACUUCAAGAUUUAUAAUCAAAAAGACGACAAAUUACAUGGAUUUACUGAAUCUUUGUUUGCGUCCCAGAUACUUUCUAUGUCUGCUUUCAACGGAAAGUUCGGCAAAUCAGGCAUGUGGAAAGUUUUUGGAACUCGUCCUUACGCAGAGAAGAAUUACAAGCUCACGCAAGGCCAAUACUACUCUAACUUCAAUGUAAUACCAGAGAAUGUUACAGAGAACGACACUUUGCAAACAUUGAUGAAGAAAUCAGAUCAAAAAAGGUGCUCCAUGGGCUUCAUUGAGAGGAUACUUGGAUAA